AUGUCGGACAAUAUGCAAGUAGACUCGCCCGAAAUCGACGAGAGCUUGUACUCGAGACAGCUCUACGUGCUCGGCAAAGAGGCCAUGCUCAAGAUGCAGAACGCAAACGUAUUAAUCAUCGGCUUGAAAGGGCUCGGCGUGGAAAUCGCAAAGAACAUUGCUUUGGCCGGCGUCAAGUCGUUGGCGUUGUACGACCCGCUGCCUGUGGAAUUGAAGGACUUGUCGUCGCAGUUUUUCUUGGCCGAGGAGGAUGUGGGGUCGCAAACGACCGCCCAGGCCACCAUUGGUAAGUUGCUGGAAUUGAACCUGUACGUUCCUAUUUCCAUUGUAGACGAUCUUUCCGAGUCGACGCUCAGUCAAUUCAAGUGUGUGGUGGCCACCAAUUUGUCAAUUGAGCAGCAGUGCCAGAUCAACGAGUUCACUCACAAGAACGACAUUGGAUUCGUGUCUGUGGACAUUCGGGGCUUGUUCGGCUCGUUGUUCGUGGACUUUGGCGAAGAUUUCGCCGUCAUCGACCAGACGGGCGAGGACCCGUUGUCGGGGAUCGUCUCUGAUAUCGAGUCCAACGGCACUGUCACCAUGCUCGACGAUAAUAGACACGGCUUACAGGAUGGAGACUACGUCAAGUUCUCCGAGGUGGAGGGAAUGCCCCAAUUGAACAGCGGCAACCCUUUCAAAAUCGAGGUGCUCGGCCCAUACGCUUUCAAGAUCAAAAUCGACGACAGUUACGGCACCUAUGUAAAGGGUGGUUUGUACCAGCAAGUGAAGAUGCCUUCCAAGAUGAGCUUCAAAUCUCUCAAGGAGCAAUUGGCCGACCCCGAAUACGUCUUUUCUGACUUUGCCAAGUUCGACCGCCCUCCACAGCUUCAUUUGGGAUUCCAGGCCCUUCAAGCCUUCCAGACAAAGCACCAGGGUGCUUUGCCACGUCCUUACAACGAGGAAGAUGCCGCCGAAGUAAUCAGAUACUGCGAGGAAUUGAAGACCCAGAAUCCAUCUGUGUUGGGAGAAGCCGAGCUCGACGCCAAAUUGAUCCGUGAAUUGGCUUUCCAGGCCACUGGUGAUCUUCCAGGUAUGGUGGCCUUUUUCGGUGGUUUGACUGCUCAAGAGGUCUUGAAGUGCUGCUCUUCUAAGUUUGGUCCUAUCAAACAGUUCCUCUACUUCGACUCCUUGGAAUCUCUUCCCAACGAGAAGGACUACCCAAGAAAUGCCGAGACAACAAAGCCUAUUGGAUCCAGAUAUGACGGUCAAAUCGCCGUCUUUGGUAGCGCAUUCCAAGAAGCCAUCUCUAACUUGAACGUAUUCUUGGUAGGUUCGGGAGCUAUUGGCUGUGAAAUGUUGAAGAAUUGGGCCAUGAUGGGCUUGGGCUCUGGUCCACGUGGUAAAGUUGUUGUCACUGACAACGACUCGAUUGAAAAAUCGAACUUGAAUAGACAAUUCCUCUUCCGUCCAAAGGAUGUUGGUUCCAACAAAUCGGAGGUCGCCGCUCGUGCAGUGCAAACUAUGAACCCAGCUUUGCAAGGCAAAAUCUCCACUAUGACCGACAAAGUUGGCCCAGAGACCGAAGACAUCUUCAACGACAACUUCUGGGAGUCUCUUGACUUCGUCACUAAUGCUUUGGACAAUGUGGAGGCUAGAACUUAUGUUGACCGUCGUUGUAUUUUCUACAAGAAGCCUUUGUUAGAGUCAGGUACUCUUGGAACCAAAGGAAAUACACAGGUUGUCAUUCCCGGCAUGACCGAGUCUUACUCCUCAUCUCAAGAUCCACCUGAGAAGUCGAUUCCAUUGUGUACCUUGAGAUCCUUCCCCAACAAGAUUGAUCACACUAUCGCUUGGGCCAAGUCCUUGUUUCAAGGCUACUUCGCCGACUCUCCUGAGACCGUCAAUUUGUAUUUGACUCAGCCAAACUAUGUUGAGCAGACUUUGAAGCAGAAUCCUGACAUCAAGGGUGCUUUGACCGAGAUUGCCAACCUCCUCAACAACAGACCAUACUCAUUCAACGAGUGUAUUAAAUGGGCUAGAGACGAGUUUGAGAAGAAGUACAACCAUGAUAUUAAGCAGUUGCUUUACAACUUCCCCGAAGACGCCGUCACUUCAACGGGAGCGCCAUUUUGGUCAGGACCUAAGAGAGCGCCAAAACCAUUGGAGUUCGAUAUUGAUAACCCAGACCACGUCAACUUCGUCAUCGCUGGUGCCAACUUGUUGGCUUAUAUUUAUGGCUUGACUGACCAAAAUGCAACGCUCUCAGACUACAAGAAAAUCUUGGAAGCCUAUGUGCCAGCAGAGUUUGUUCCUAAGGCAGGAUUGGCCAUUGCAACUACCGAGGAGGAGGCAGAAACUCAAGCUAAAACGCUUUCCGGAGCAUUCGAAGAAGACGAAAUCAAGAAGAUUGCCGCAAGCAUUCCAGAGCCUUCCACCUUGGCAGGCUAUCGUUUAACUCCAAUUGUAUUCGAGAAAGAUGACGACACAAACCAUCACAUCGAGUUCAUUACGGCCGCUUCAAACUGUAGAGCAUUGAACUAUGGGAUCGAGACAGCUGAUGCAUCGAAGACAAAGUUCAUCGCUGGUAAAAUCAUUCCAGCUAUUGCCACGACAACCACCUUGGUGACUGGACUUGUAUGUCUUGAGUUGUACAAGGUGGUCGCCAAGCACGAUGAUAUUGAGUUGUUCAAGAACGGUUUCAUCAACUUGGCCUUGCCAUUCUUCGGUUUCUCUGAGCCUAUGAAAUCUCAGAAGAACUCGUACAACGGAAAGGAGUUCGAUGCCAUCUGGGACAGAUUCGAGAUCCAGGGCGACAUCAAGUUGAAGGAGUUGCUUGAAUACUUCGAGACAAAGGAAAAGCUUGAGAUUUCUAUGUUAUCAUACGACGUGUCUUUGCUAUAUGCCUCGUUCCUUCCGCCAAAGAAGAUUGGCGAUAGACUCGAGAUGAAGAUCACCGAGUUGAUUGAGUCAGUGAGCAAGAAGCCAGUGCCAGCUCAUGCCAAGCACUUGAUUUUGGAGAUUUGUUGUGACGACGAGAACGGUGAGGAUGUUGAAGUCCCUUAUGUCUUGAUCAAGCUUUAA